CCAUAACUGGCGCCAUCGCUGAAAUUUUAAAACAGAUAUUCUGCCAAUAUCAUCUAAUUUUCUUUAAUGAUGACAGGCGUGUUACUCGUAGCAGUUUUCUUUUGUUUGUUACUGGGUGCAAACCCUGAGGCCGGUCAUGCCGAUGAAGGUCACAACGCAGAUGGCAUGGAGGUGGGUUCAGGUGGCGUGUUUUGUAAAGCUGUUGCCCGUUCAGGGAAAAUCAUGUGUGCUCGUCCUCAGAAAGGGAAAAUACAAGAUUAUAGCGAGAAAAACGUCGAUCGCAUCGUCAUUGAGUUCGACAGUUUGCAAGAGAAGAACAGUGGUGGUAACAUGGUUGGAAAAGCCGGACGGAAAGGACAUCAAUUUGACUCGUUUGCUGGUCAAGACUUUAAUUUUGCCGGCUUGAAAGAUGUAACGUAUCAAGGGCUUCAUGCAAAAAAUUUCAAUUUCUCUUCUUCUCUACCCGGGCCGAAUGCAACCUUUACGGUUUUGGCGUACAUGUUUGAAGAUUUUGGAAACAUCACGUUCGGGAACGAGACUUCAGAGAUGAGGAAGGGCAUGCUCAAAUUUAACAUUCAGAUUGAAAACUGGAAAUUUUGCUCCAAUUCAAGUGAUGACUGCGAGAGUGCUGAUCGAGGAGAAUUUAUAGAUGUCACUUUAGUCAUCAAAAGUAGAGGAAAACCAAAGUUUCGUUCCGAAGAAGAAAAAGAAAAGCUAUUAAAAAAAGCUCGCGCCGGACAACACGGUGGACAUGGAGGAGGAGAGGGACAUAACCAUAACGGUGGAGAUGGAAAAGAAAAAGUUUCACAGGAAUACUAUCCCAGGUGCUUCAAAAGGGGGAAGUACAACAAAUGUCCCAAAGAGUUUGAUAUCGGAGGGGGAUCAGACAUGAUGCUCAGCUCACAGGUGAUGGUGGACGAUGUUGUGAUGGAUAUGCCUGGAAAUGGUGAAUAUCCUAAGUAUAAGGAACUCGGAAACAAACAAAAAUUUAUCUUCCGAUUUCCGAAGGCUGCAAGCAAGAUUUUAUACGAUCCAGGCCUUGAGGUCGGAGCGCAGUCUAGUAAUGAGAACAAAGUAGAGUCUGGAAAAGUUAACGUUCUGAUGUUCGUUACUUUUCUAGCUUACCUUUUCACUUUUUGAGGAUAAAAACCUGGCGCUUUGGG